AUGCACGAACUUUUUACGACGGUCCUUUCCAAAAGGGACCUUUCCCGAGCCGGUGAGCUGUUCUCUAUCGAAGAUUAUGAGAUAGUCAAAGAUUUGACUGAGGUGCUGGAAGAAAUUUCUUCCAUCAUCUCGCAGGAAGACUAUCUGCAGAACAGCAACGAUCAGUCGGUGAUCGAAAUCUGCAUCAACAGGGUAACAUCAUGCAUCAAGAAGACGCACACGAUCGAAAAGCAUUGCGCUGGGUUGGUGAACCUGUUGGAAACGUGUCUCCGUUAUAACCUGCAGCCCUCGAGUAAGGACGUGGACCCACCGCAUGCGAAAAUAUCUUCCGACAUUAUUUCCAGCAUAUUUUUGAACUACAGUAAACAGGUCGUUAUGGAGGUAACACUUCCGGUAGCGGUCAAAUUUCUCAAUCAAGGAAACCUCGAAUUAUCGCGCAACCUCGCCAGCUACCUCUCGUCGGCGGCGAUCGAGUACUCGUACCUAUUGUCCUCGCAUGUGCACGUAAUCCUGGAAUCCCUGUUUGGAGGAAACUAUGGUCUCUGCCACGUGCUGUCACAAAUCUACGAAGCAACCCCAGACCCCAUAAACGACGCUGGACCUAAGUUUGUCGAGAUCGUGCCACGAUGCGAACUCCAGGAGCAGCUAGUGAUUCUGCAGCUACUCGUAACGAUCGCCAAGGUGCGACCAUCAAGCCUAACCGAAAGCAUUCCAUCGCUGCUGGAACUCGCCACGACCCGGCUACCAUUAACCGCGGCUACCUUGCUCGUGCUGCUAAAGCUGGCCGAAUCGAAACCAAUAAAGCUGGCCGAAUACACGGACGCCUUCAAGCAGAUCGUCCACGGUGUCCCACAGACGGUGGGGUUCGUGGCCCAGAUUCUUUCCGCCAUCGGGCGCUGCGGCAAGGACCGGGCGCAGAUAGCGCUCGAUUUCGUGCUGGAACACUUACCGCGAGCGGAUCGAGCGCUGCAAACGAUCCUGCUGAACGAGGCCACGAAACUGUGCACGAAGUAUCCGGUUUUGUUCACCGACAAGGUCACCUCCGUUGUCCGGCAGCGUCAGCUGAGCAACAACACCCAGAUCAAGCAAACCACAUCCGGUGGAGUGACGAUCGUCAAUCUCAACUCUUCCGCAACGCUUGGUCCACCGGUGACAUCCCCGGUGGCGAUGACGACUAGCAGUGGGUAUCCUUCGAGCGCACACGGAAGUGGAACGCACUGUGUCCAGGGUUCAGCUGGUGUCGCGGGGAUGCUGGGAAAUGUGGGUGGUAGUUCCGCUGGUUACGCACAGCACCAGCUCGAUCAUGGGCGUCCCAUCGUUUCGAAGACACCGAACGUGGCCAUCGUCAGCAAUGGUCACUCUCACACCACGGGUGGUGGCACCAUGAUGUCGACGACGGUCAUCAACACAUCGAACGGUACGACGCUUAGUUCGACCGUCCAUCCGGCACUGUUGACCAACUUUAUGAACGCAGCAAACGGGCUUCCAAGUGGCGCAUCCGCUACGACCGUCGGAACGACAGGCGGACUAACGAACGGGACCGUCAUUUCUCCGACGCCACAUCACACUGGGUACACACGGAAUCGACCGAAAUUGGGUGACUCGCGGAGUACCGGCCGGUUGCAUUCGGGCGGAGGAGGUGGCAGUAAGAGCACGACUCGCCUCAACAACGCUGGUGGAUCGAUGGGUGGUCUGCAUAAGUCACGUCACGGAUCGUCCCAGCUGAUCAAUCAAUUCAACGGUGAGAUCGGUGCCGGAGUGUCGAUCGAUUCGGAGAAAUGCCCCGGUGUUGGAGGCGCCGUAACACCGAACGGACCAUCUGCGGUCGAUGGAUCUACCUCGCACAACAGCCAUCACUCGAGCGGAAAUGUCGCCAUCAAGGGCAUGACAUCCAGCAGCGGAAGUGGCGGUGGAGUUGGUUUGCUAGGGACCUCGAUACCGCCUCCACUUAGCCAGCACGUCACGAUAACGGGCGAGAACAAGUGGGGCAUACCGCAGACGAAGAUCACAUCCUGCGGUGUCACGGUGACGACUUCACCAACGCGUGCUCCGCGACCGUAUUCGCAUGGGCCCAGCAACACGUUGAUGGGUUCGACCGGUGCGCUUGGCGGGAAGAGUUCCCUUGGGGGGUUAAAUCAAUCGACCGGUUCGAUUGGCAUUCAGGUGCACCAUGCAUCACCAGCCUCACCGACCAUGUUCAACAAUCACUCCCAGCAAACGUCGCCACAGUUGACCACCACGCUGUCGCUGCACUCGAGCGAUGAUCCGAACAAUCAGGUGAUCGUGUCUGGACCGGCCACGGUGACGACGCGUCCGCGUACGAACGACAACCGGAGCGUGACCAUUCUCAACGCAUCGUCGACGUCGGCCACAGUCAAUCAGCGCAUGAGCGUGUUCGAACCGUACCCGAUGCGUGACACGAUACAGCACUUCUGCGAGAAGCACCUGGACAAGAUCAAAUCCUACACGGAAGCGGUGGCACUGCGGAUACCACCUCCGGCCAAGUGCAUCAUCGAGGAACGGCGUGCCAAAAAGAUGGCCAAGCUGCACUUUGCCUGCCAGGUUCGAGGUCCGCACUGUCUGUACUCGCGCACGAUGUUCACGAUGCGCACGCGGAACCCGCGCACCUGGAUCCACCUGAUGUUUCUCGAUCUGCAAGCGCGGGCUGGCAAGAACGCACUCAGCAGCUGGGAUCCGAGCGUGAGUCGGCUUAAGCACUGCUGGGACACGCUGAAGUGCGAGAACCGAACGUUCAUAACGCUUGUUACGAGUGCGUUCCCUAAUGGCAAGGAACAGGAGGCGCUCGUGAACGAGUUGCGCCAUGCCGGGUUCUUUGACGUGUUUGAAAUGGGUCCGGUGACGCUGGGUGCCGGUGUUGGAGGCGAAUCAGGUGUGCCUGGUGCGGGUCAACCCGGUACCACCGGUCCGGCGGGAUCCGGUGCGUCCUCGGGGGGUGGUACGGGUGCGGCGUCCAACGGUGGAAGCUCGGAGGACCUGGAAGUGUUCCAGUGGGGUUGCUUUUUGUGUCACCAUCCGGAGAAGGCCAUCGGGUUUCUGCACGGUAACAAUCAGCCGGUGAUCGAGGGCCAGCUGAAAGAGAAGAAGGGCAAAUGGAGACUGUUCCGGCGGUGGCGAACGCGCUACUUUACGCUCUCCGGAGCGCACCUUUCGUGCAAGGGUUCCGUCAGCGAGGCUGGCGGUGAAAGCAUUGACGUGAACCAGAUCCGUUCGGUGAAGGUGUCCCGCGGUGCUCGCAACAUCCCGAAAGCGUUCGAAAUAUUCACCGGUGACCAGACGCUCAUCCUUAAACCGAAGGAUGGCAACAAGGCGGAAGAAUGGGUGCAGUGUUUAAGCAUCGUGCUGGCACAUUCACAGGCACGAGAUAGCCCUACCACUCGCACGAACAGUCUUCCAGCCCGCAGUAUUGGCAAUAGUCGUACGGUUUUUUGAGCCAUCGGGAAUUCAGAGUAACACGGCGUGCUAAACAUCAACAGCAACAUCC